AUGAUUUCCAUGCAGAAGCAUUUAGUACCAGGCGUUACUCCAGUUACUCGAGUCUGCAAUUUGUCAGCGGUUUGCAACAGGCGCCAUAUUCAAAAGAAAAUGGCGACGUCUUCAGAGAAGCUAAAAGAAGUUCUAAAGGAGACCCUGGACAAUCGAGGAAUUCUCGGACAGAUCCGGGCUCGAAUACGAGCUGAGGUGUUCAGUGCUUUAGAUGAUCAGUCAGAAACACGGCCAACUCUAUCGAAUGAAAACAUGCUGAUUAACGAGCUGAUAAGAGAAUAUCUGGAGUUCAAUAACUACAAAUAUACACUCUCUGUACUAUUAACAGAAUCUGGCCAGCCUAAAGAUCCAAUUGACAGGAGAUUUCUCGCUGAAGAACUAAAUAUCACAGAAGACCAUGCAACAGCAUCAACGCCCUUGCUGUAUUCAAUGAUGACUCACUUCAUUCAAAGUCCACAUAAGGAUAGCAUUGGGAAGAGAAGGCGAGAAGAGUUAGCUGCCUCUAGGCAAAGUGCCAGAGAUCACUAUUCCACUCGGACUAGGCGAGGUCAUUUUGAGAGGUCAAAAGACAGAGUUGAGCUUAGUGACACAAGUGGACAAAGCUUUAGUCAUGAGGCUGGCCAUGCCUUUGUUGUGAGAGGGGGUGCAAGAUGAUACGUAGAGACGAUAUGUACAGUCUGACUCAACAGUCGGACUACCUGAGUGAGAGGCCAAAGGGCUUGGCCAUAAGAAGGGGAAUUUCUUAUGCAUGAUAUAUUUAUUGGCUAAAAGCUUUACACAUUUGUUUUAAAAGUAUAGAAAAUGGCCUUUUGCACAUUUUUCCUGCUGUGAAAGCUGUGCUCAAAAUUGUCUUUGUAUUGUACUUGCCUUGGCUCUGGCUCUAUUUCCAACCAUUGCUAGGCCUCAUCAGAUUACUGGCUCACUUAAACAAGCCUAGUAUUUGCCCUCCCCUUUAAAUAUUAAAUGGUCCAUUCCUAACUCCAAAUUCAUGCCAAAUCAUCAAGGGCUAUUUCUUUGUAGAGCUUGAUUUUCUAUCAUGCUACUUAAAGGCCGAGCAUUUGAUAUCUGACACAGCUCUGAGUAGUUAAGGCUAAUUAAGAUUGGCAGAGGAAAUAUAUUUUACUAUCUAUUACAUCCAUAUUAAAAAUCUGUCUGUGAUUAUUUCCUCUACUAGCUGAAGGCUUGAUUGAGUUUCAAAGGUGAAUAACUUUUGUGAACAUAUACUCACAAAGCCUUGACAAAAAAUGGUAUGUUUUCGUCACAUCAUUUUUUAGUAGAACCCAUUUAAUCAUAGUUUUUAACUAUGGCAUAAUGAAGGUGUCUCAUAAAGGAUCAUCUUACAUGGGAGCCAUGGCGCUGUUCUUAUAUGCCUUGGUAUUUAUAAUUAAGAACACAAUUUUUAUUGAAGCCGCUUUCAUUUCAUCUUCUUACUACCAGUCCCUACUGAUGGUAGAAGGCCAUUCAUGUUUCUCCUCAAACUGUCGGGGUCCUGUGUUGAAAUUCCUUUUUCCCGGCCAACUUUUGUUCCCCCAGAAAGGGCGUAGCUAGAAGUAGACGUAGAAAGUACGCAUAUUGGUGAAUGAUAGAAAAGAAAACGUGCCCAUUUGCCGAGGAUCGUGCCUCAUCCAGAUCAGAUGAAAUGAGGGUAUGAAAAUAGAAUUCAUCUGGCAGGGGCGUACGCGGCCUAUAGGCCUGCAGUCACUGGACUGCAAAAAAAUUUGGCGAUAUUAUUUGCAUAACGAGGG